AUGUCAUCCAUGAAGCCUGAAAACGCCAUGGCUAGCGUCAUGGGUGUUUUGGGCCCAGACGCGGCCCCACACGUCUUCAUAUACCUCCUGCAAGAGCACAUGGCGGAACAUGUGCAGCUGGUUUUCUCCCCCAUGUUCGGCGGCAGCGCGGAGACCGCGGCGACUCCUGCAGUUCACAGCGGCAGGCAGUCCGGAGGCGCAAACCGAGGUUUUACCGCCGGCAUCUCCGUUGUCUGGAGUCACGCCAUCAUCGGCGACCAACAGCUGAACUUCUCGUUUGGGAUGGGGAGGGCGGACCCUGCCACGAAUCCGUGGUGCCGGAUGUCCUACGGGUUCUGGGAGCCCGGUGGGAUGAAGUGCGCGGCGUUCAUGAUGCUGGAGAGUUUGUCGGACGAAGACAGCGACCAGAUCACGGACGAGAUCCUGAGGGCAGCGUCCCGGGCCGUCAUUGCAUUUGACCCUGCGGUCGUGGCAAAGACCGACGACAUGCGCAUCUUAGUGGGAGCCAUCCUCGACUUGCCCCUACAGGCCCACAGGACGGGAGGGUGGGAUUCCUUCGAGCCGGACGACGUAUGGGGGGGGGGACUGUCCUGUUCGUUGACAAGGUAG